AUGACCAACCCCACUCCCCCUACCAAGCUUCGCAUGGCGGUGCUGGGCCUUGGACGCAUGGGCUUGCGCCAUGCCGCAAACGUCGCGUACCGCACCCCCAGGGCAGAGCUGGUCGCUGGUGCCGAUGCAUAUGUGCCGUCGCUGGAGAAGGCCAAGGGUGAACUCCCUCCCGGCGUCUACUUGACGACCUCGUACCAGGAGGUGCUGGCCAUGCCGAAUGUCGAUGCCGUCCUUAUCGCGACAGAGACUGCGUCGCACGCAAAGCUGACCAUCGAGGCGGUCAAGGCCGGCAAGCACGUUCUUCUGGAGAAGCCCAUCUCCAUUGAUGUUGAUGCGGCAAGGCCUGUUGUGGAGGUUGUCAAGCAGCACCCCGAGGUCGACGUCAUGGUUGGCUUCUUCGACGAGUCGUACCAGUACGCGGCAAACAAGGCCCACUCUGGCGAACUUGGCAAGCCCUACCUCGUCAAGUCGGCCUCCAACGACACGUACGACCCCACAGGCUUCUUCGUGCAGUACGCCAAACACUCUGGAGGCAUCUGGAUCGACGCCGGCAUCCACGAUAUCGACGGUGCCCGCUGGCUUCUUGACGUUGCCAACCCGAAGAACCUGCGCAACCCCAAGAAGCAAGUCUCGUAUGUGUACGCAUCUGGGGCCAUCAUCCGUCACCCUGGACUGGCCGAGCAUGGAGAUGUCGAUUCGGCCCAGGCAAUCAUCAACUUCGAAAACGGCACGUCGAGCAACAUUCACGCCAGCCGAACCUCGACCCAUGGCCAUGACAUCUUCUGUGAGGUGUUUGGGACGGAGACCAAGCUUUACAUCAACCCAAUCCCGUCAAUCAACAAGGUUCAGAUCCGCGACCAGUGGGGUGUCCGCAACGAGACGACGUCGUCUUUCCUCGACCGCUUCAAGGACGCGUUCGUCAACGAAGUCAACGAGUUCGUCGGUGCCGUGCUGGAUGGCAAGCCCAUGCCGGUCACCGUCGAGGAUGCGUUCCAGGCUUCGCAGAUUGCGGUCGCUCUCACCUGGUCCCAGCGUCACAACAAGCCCGUGUUGUUUGACGACGACGGCGAGCCGAUUCUGAGCGAGUAG